UAAAGUGUUUCAACUUCAACUCACUCGCCGUUUCUAUUUCCAAAAUCUCGAUUCUUCUGCUCCUCAUGUUCAAUCUCUGCCGUUGGGUUUUUUUCUACAUACUGACCGUCGUCGUUGUGACGGGGCAGCCUACGCCUACAGCUCCACCAAGGGCUGACCCCUACGGUCUUUACAAUCAUUUCGAUCCCUCCAUGGUCAUAGUUGUUAUGGUCCUCGUCGGCGUUUUCUUCUUGCUCGGCUUCCUCUCCGUUUACAUCCGUCAUUGUAACGAAGCUCAGGCUAUGGCCAUCGCGUCCGCCGCCGCUGCAGCUUCCUCUUCUCAAAUGUUCCGGCCGAAAGGUCUGGAUCCGGAGGUGAUCGAGAGUUUCCCCAUUUUUGUAUAUUCUUAUGUGAAAGACCUUCAACUUGGGAAAGCGGCGCUGGAAUGCGCGGUUUGUUUGAGUGAGUUCCAAGACGAGGAAAUUCUGCGUUUAAUUCCGAAAUGUUGUCACGUGUUUCAUCCUGAUUGUAUCGAUGCUUGGUUGGCUUAUCACGUGACCUGUCCGGUUUGUAGAGCUAAACUCACUCCCGAUUCCGAUACCAACGCCGAACCAGUCGAGUCAUGCUCCAAUAUCACUGAGUUGAACUCGAACAAUAACAGCAACAGCAACUCGAGUCCUCCGACAACACCACGAGCUGAAGAAGAAAAUGAGUUGGUCAUUCAAAUCAAUGAAAUCAGGCCUAAAAUAACGGGUAAGUUUCCACGUUCUAACUCGACGGGUCACUCACUGAUUCAAGCUGGUGAGAACACGGAAAGGUUCACGUUAAGGUUGCCAGAGGAAAUCAGGAAGCAAAUUGCGAAAAGCGGAAGGUUGAAGCGUACGAGGAGUUACGACGUCGUAUUGGGAAUGGAAUGUAGUUCGAAGAAUGGGGAAGGAAGUAGUAGGGUGAAAAGUAUCACAGACCGCUGGGUGUUUUCAGUAACUCCGCCGUUUGUUUCGAAGAUGCGUCCGAUUAAGUCUCCAAAAGGUGGCGGCGACGGAGGAGAUGGGUCUAAUUCAUGGCGAGGGUUAACGGCCGUUAAAGAGAAACUAAAUUGUCUCAACUUGAAAGUGGAGCAAGUUGACAAAGAAGAUUCCUCGUCGCACUCUCCGGUUUAGUUGUCUUUAAGAAUUCGGUUACGGUAUAUUAAAUUUGUAAUUAGAGUAGAACUUGGGUUUACUUAAUUGUGGUUGU